AUGGCUGAUGUAGCCGAAACUCCAAAAACUGAGCUGCCUACUGAUAGCAAGGAGGCUAUUGUUGUAGAGGAAGAGAAAAAUAUAGACCAAACGAAAUCCGAAGAUGCAGAGGAACACAAAAACGGGGAUGUAGGUGCACCAGGCACUGAGCCAGAAGCAGAGGCAGAGGCAGAACCACCAGCAGAUAAAACCCCAGAGCAUCCACCGUUGGCCAUAAUUGAGGGCAAGACCAGCGACCCAUCAGGCGAAGAAGCUGUUCCAAUCGAUUUUGUCACGAUGGGCAUGUUUAUAAUUGAUGAUAUCGACUUCAUUCCACCAACUCCGCCUGUCAAGGACAUCCUUGGUGGCGCUGGCACCUACUCGGCCCUUGGAGCUCGCCUGUUCUCACCCCCACCCAAAUCUGCUUCAGUUGGCUGGAUUGUCGAUCAGGGCUCAGAUUUCCCGCCUUCUCUCUCUACGCUCAUCGAUAGCUGGUCCACCUCGGCUCUGUUCCGUCAUGACGGGCUUCGGUUGACCACGCGAGGGUGGAAUGGCUAUGAAGGCACUGCCGAGAAGCGAGCUUUCAAAUACCUGACGCCAAAGAAGCGCUUGACUGCUCAGGAUCUUACACCAGCGCUGCUUAAAUCACGAUCAUUCCAUCUGAUAUGCUCCCCAAAUCGAUGUAGGGAUCUUGUCUCCGAGAUUACCUCACUUCGAAAGAAGGUCGUCCCCCCUGAGGCAUAUACCAAACCCAUCUUCAUUUGGGAGCCUGUGCCGGACCUGUGUACCCCUGACGAGUUGCUCAACUGUACCAACUGCUUACCUCUUGUCGAUAUCUGUAGCCCGAACCAUGCAGAACUGGCUGGGUUCAUGGGUGACAAUGGUCUUGAUCCAGAAACAGGUGAGAUUUCUACUAUUGCUGUAGAACGAGCCUGCGAGCAGCUCCUCGCAAGCAUGCCUUUGCAGUCAUUCUCUCUUGUUAUCCGUGCUGGCGAGAAGGGAUGCUACAUCGCGAAGAAUGGAGGAAGAAAGCGAGGCCGUGACCCCAAGACGACCAAGCGACGAAAGAAAGAUUAUGUUAGGGGUGGCCUUCAGCCAGAUACGGAUAUGGAGGCUUUGUUUGCCGGCCUUCUCCAGGAUGCCGAUGGCAUUGUGGCUCGCGAAGAAAUCGAGGUUGAUCCUGGUGUCGAGAAAUGGGUUCCUGCCUAUCACACUGACCCGUCCAAGGUGGUUGAUCCUACGGGUGGUGGAAAUACCUUCUUAGGCGGCCUCGGUGUGGCACUGGCUCGAGGCGAGAGUCUCGAGGAUGCUGUAGCCUGGGGCACUGUUGCCGCAAGCUUCGCCAUUGAGCAGGUCGGUGUUCCAACGAUUGGUAGAGAUGCAGAAGGCCGCGAGGCUUGGAACGGACAUAAUGUUGAGGACCGACUACGCGAAUUUCGCAAACGUCUAUGA